AUGCUCUUCAUUGACUACAGCUCAGCAUUCAACACCAUAAUCCCCUCCAAACUGAUCUCCAAGCUCACCACAUUGGGCCUGGAGAAGUCCAUCUGCUGCUGGAUACUGGACUUCCUCACCAACAGAUCACAUGUACACAGCUUUAACAUCAUCCUCAAGUAUGCUGAUGACACCACCAUCCUGGGCCUCAUUACCAACAACGACGAGAGUGCCUACAGAGAGGUGAUGGAGCGCGCGGUGCUGCAGCUGAGCGCCCCCCUCCUCCUCCUCCUCCUCCUGCUGGGGGGCCCCGGACGCUGCGGCGCCUCCUUCGUGCCGUGCGAGCCGUGCGACCCGAAGGCCCGCUCCAUGUGCCCCCCCGUGCCGCCGGGCUGCCAGCCCGUCAAGGAGCCCGGCUGCGGCUGCUGCCUGACGUGCGCGCUCGAGGAGGGCCAGCAGUGCGGCGUGUACACGGGGCCGUGCGCGCGCGGACUCCGCUGCCUGCCCAAGGACGGCGAGGAGAAGCCGCUGCACGCGCUCCUGCACGGCCGCGGCGCGUGCAGGAGCGAGAAGCUGUACAAGCUGCUGCACCCGUCCAAAGAGCCAACACAAACCAAGGUACCUUUAUAUGGACAUCACAUCAGCAGUCGCAAGGCCCAGGCCAUGAAACUAGCCAAGGACCGCAUGAAGCAUUUAGCCAGACCGGGACCCAUCAGUAACCGAGAUCCAGCACCAGCCCUGGAUAAACUGGAACCAGAAAUUGGACCCUGCAGGAGAAAAUUAGAUGGUCUCAUUCACAGCAUGAGGGACACUUCUCGGGUCUUAGCUGUUUCUUUGUACGUACCCAACUGUGACAAGAAGGGCUUCUUCAAGCGCAAACAGUGUAAGCCGUCUCGUGGUCGGAAACGAGGUAUUUGCUGGUGCGUGGACCGCUUCGGCGAUAAAAUCCCCAGCAUCAACUACGCCGGUGGAGAACUGCAGUGCAAAGAUCUGGACAGCAGCAACAGCAGCAAUAAAUGAGGGUGAACCACUGAGCCCAUGUUUCUCCUCAAAACCUGCCAAACAAGCUAGAACUCUUUAUAACUGACAUUCAGGAGAAUACAGCACAAACACUUUUUGAUGUAGGAGAAUGUGAUGGAUUGUAUUGUUCAUUGUGAAGUGGAGCCAAACUGAAAAGGUUGUUUAAGUGAAUGUCUGUGUAUGUAGAUCUCGACUGUGGCUUCUGCUGUGUAUGUCAAUAUGAGUUUAGCAACCAUUUUACUUUAUGUAUCUUAGACAAGACAUAUUUUAAAUGUCACUUGGUAAUGAUAUUUUUCAAAUGUUUGAUCUAAAGUUUAACAAUCACCAUGGCCAAAAAUGGACAUAUUCUAAACCUGAUUUGUCUUAAUUAGGACUUUUCAAUGUUAAAUGCGAGAUUUAUGUGAAAUACAGAAUUUCACCUUCCAAUGUAGAGAAACCUAUAUGUGUAGAAUAAUUGGGUAAUUCUGGAAAAAAUGUUUAAACCUUGACUUCCGAAGUCCAAUCAGUUUCUUUAAAACAAACGUUUAGAACAAUUUGUUAGCUAUGGAAUCGUGCUAAUCUCUCAAAAUGGUUGAAAGUAACGUUUCUUGAAUUACAGCUUCUCUACUUUGAGUUAAAUUCAAUGAAGCGUUCUUCCGUACAUUUUAUUGUGAGACAAUACUAGUUUUAUGUGGUUGCCAGAUUGGUAGAUACUCAG